CGGGAUAUUUUUGUGGUGGUACAAUUAGAAAAUGACGGUGGAAGAAAUGACGGUGGAAAUAUUUUGAUUUGGUACAUGAAAAUGUAACAGGAAAAGUAAAUUUGAUGGAAACAAAUCUCUGAUGAGAAAAUGUGCAUAUUGUUUUUAUGCGGAUGUGAGAAUAUGCGCAUGAAAUUCUGUCGACAAUUGGAUGUGAAGAAGACAUACCUACACAAAUCAAGUUUAAGACGGCUCUCUACUAAACGAGCACAAAUUUUAGGUAGCCUAUCGGUUAUGGCUUGAAUCCCCGAGCUGACUAGCUAUCGAUGUGCCCUUGAGCAAGGCACUUAACCUUAAUCGCUACUGUACGUCGUCUGCUAAAUUAUUAAAACGUACAAUGGUGGAUAGCAGUGAACAGCAGCAGUAAAGUUAACGCCCUUAAAAUUGUGAUUGGACAUUAUGGAUACUGCUGCACGAGACUUCGAUUCAAUUGGUGGAAUUUAUGUCCAUCAAAUUACUCUCGCUGUCUAGUUUAAUGCUCUAAAUGCUGGUGGAAAGAAGGAAGAUGUACAUGAAGUGAGGAUUCCUGAGUUUUUGCAAUGGUCAGACUAUCCCUUUAUUGCCACACAUUCCACAACUCGGAGUUGAUAUGAAGGCAGGGGCCUCGUCCAUGUGGGCUUCAUGCUGUGGUCUGCUGAAUGAAGUCAUGGGCACAGGGGCAGUGAGGGGCCAGCAGCCCGGGUUCGGAGCCAGUGCUGGACCCUUCCGGUUUGCCCCCAGCGCAGGAUACUCCACAUACCCACCCACAACCUCAGGGAGCCCCAGCCUUGUAUGUAAGGCCUGUGGCCAGGCAUUCUCGGUCUUCAGGAGGAAGUAUAUCUGCUGCGACUGUAAGAAGAGCUUCUGCACGCUGUGCUCCAUGCUUCAGGAGAACUUGCGUAUAUGUGCCACAUGUCACCUGCUGAAGGGGACAGCCUUCCAGAGACCACAGCUGAUGCGGCUGAGGGUCAGAGACCUGCGGCAGUACCUGCUGCUACGCAACGUCCCCACAGACACAUGCAGGGAGAAGGAGGACCUGGUGGAACUGGUGCUGUGUCACCAGGGGACCGAAAGGGAGGGGGACCCCGACAUGGCUAGCUUCAACUCCCGCUCCCUCUACACCCCGCCCCCUUCCACCACACGCUCCGCCUCCGAGCUGUCUACUCUCUCCGCCUCUCAGGGGGAAGCGCUCAGCAGGAGCGACAGCUCAGGGACUACCAACCAGGAUAUAGGAGACGCUACAUCUCUCUCCACCCUGAACCUGGAACCCAGUGAACACACACCAGAGGUGAUCCCUCAGACGUGGCAGCGAGCACGGGCCUCUCUCUCAGACAUCUCUUGCCUGAGGGACAUCGAGGGUCUGUCCGUCAGACAACUGAAGGAGAUCCUGGCCAGGAAUUUUGUCAACUAUUCAGGCUGCUGCGAGAAGUGGGAGCUGGUAGAGCGCGUCAGCCGCUUGUACAGAGAGACAGAGGAGAACAGGAAGUCAUUGGAAAACGUGAACACAGCUGUAACUUCAGUGGUGGCCUUGCCCCUUCCUCCCAUCUGCAUUGGAGGGAUUGGAGGUAAGGUAUCUGAAAAAGAUCGGGAGAAGGCCCAGCUGACCAACCUGGAUGACAGCCUGUGUAGGAUCUGCAUGGAUGCUGCGAUUGACUGCGUCCUUCUGGAGUGUGGUCACAUGGUCACCUGCACCAAGUGUGGUAAGCGGAUGAGCGAGUGUCCCAUCUGCAGGCAGUACGUUGUGAGAGCUGUGCACGUCUUCAAGUCCUAAUGUCUCAACCCAUCACCACCGUCUCAGAACAUCUUCAACAAAACAUUAAUCUCCAGAGAAACGGAGAUCUGUUCCGUCACAGUCCAUACUGGGAGACUGCCUCCAUGCUCUUACCACCAGUACUUCUUGUUGUGGGACUUCAUGUUUUCAUCCCCUGAAACGCUUACAUUAUUUGCACACUUAAACAUGACUAUUAAAAAUGCAGUGUUCUCUUUUUACCUUGUAUUAUUUAGUCUGACUAAUCAGUAUUUGAAGGAAAAAAGGGCAGCAGUCUACCCUCGUAUUAUUCCAUUACUAAACACAACCUUGACUUGUUCCUAUCAAGAAUGUGAGCUAUUCAAUCACAUGUGCAUUGUUGUCUAACAUGACGAAUCACUUUCGAAUCUGCCUGCUAUGAACUGUAGCAUUUGCUGCAAAUAACUGCAUAUCUUAGUAAUUCUGAAGAAAAUACUGUACUGUGCAACAGGAUGGGGGAUGAGCAAAUUAGAGGUCUAUUUGGAUUCAAAACAAAUAUCCAAUGUCAUUUGCUCUUUUGUCAUGUCUUAGCACUGAGUGUUAAGAUGGAAAAGAAAAACAGGUGCUAAAUACAUUCAAAUGUUUUUCCAACUUAAAAAUUGUGGAUUUCUUUUUCAUUAAUAUUUUCCAUUUUCUUUUGAAAGUGGAAGGAAUAGUUUGUUAUUAAUUGAUAAAUGAUUGUAGUCAACACAGAACUAACUAAUCAAAGAGAGCUACAACUUAAUUAACACUGGAAUAUAAAGUGUGUCUAUACAUAUAUAUAUAUAUUAGUACCAUUGUAGAAUAAUAGGGAAGACAUCAACACUAGGAAAUAACACAUGGAAUCAUGUAAAAAUAAAUAAUGUUAAAGCAAUCUAUUUUACAUGUGAUAUUCUUC